GGAUUCACGGAAGAGGAUAUCGAAAGAUCUAGCAUUCCAGAAUAAAUAUUUCAUCUGUCAUUCGGCGAGGAACGAUCGAGAGGCGGGAAUUUACGAGAGAGAAGCGCCCUCCUCUCCCGCGUGACAGCAACUGGAAAAUCAAUAUAACACGACGCGGGAAGAGAAGAGAGGCGGAACGGAGCGGCCGCCUUCAGGUUAUGUGGUCGCCCGGUGCGUGCUAUUUUCGUUGCGGCGAAGAGGUGUUUAUUCUUGCGUCCAGGCGCCGCCGGUCACGCGCUUAUAAUGCAUCUGAGAGGGACGGCGAGCCCCGACGAGCGCGCCGCGAGAUAGUAGACGAAAAUGGGCAGGAGGAAGGCGCACGCGAAAGGUAAACAACACGGCCCAUCGUCGCAGCAGCAGCAACCGAGGCACGUAUCCGCGGCGAGGAGGAACGAGCUCAAUGCCCUGUGCGAGAAGCUCUUUCAUCUAAGCAGCAAUCCGGCGUACGUGACGCAAUUAUGGAACAACUACUUGGAUAUAUCAGAAGUUCUGCUGAAGGUUAAACGUCUGGAGGAGAUGAAGACGGAAUCGUCCCAGCGAUCCCAGGGGAUUGGACAAUUUAUGAACUGGUUGACGGAGAAUGGGGCACGCGUAGACGGCGUGAAUAUCGUCGAAUUUCCUGGAUGCGAUCUGGGAUUAAAGGCGGAGAUCGAUUUUCCUGAGAAUCAAUUGAUCCUCGAGAUACCUAGGGCUCUCAUCUUCAGUACGUACACCGCAGCACCGGAACUGACAGUCCUGCAAAAUGAUCCAUUGGUGCAGCACAUGCCGCAAGUGGCACUGGCAAUAGCACUUCUCGUAGAGAGGUACAAGGAGAACUCCAAGUGGCAACCUUACCUGGAUAUACUUCCUAGUAGCUACAACACAGUUUUGUACAUGAAAGCCAAUGAUAUGAUCGAGCUUAAAGGCAGUCCUACGUUAGAGGCUGCAUUGAAGCAAUGUCGAAAUAUCGCAAGGCAAUAUUCCUACUUUAACAGAGUGUUUCAAAGUAACAAUAACGCUGUAUCAGCCAUACUCAGGGACGUUUUCACCUACGAGAGAUACUGUUGGGCAGUUUCAACUGUGAUGACACGACAGAACUUAAUUCCGAGCCCGGAUGGCUCGCGCAUGAUUCACGCUUUGAUCCCGAUGUGGGAUAUGUGCAAUCACGAGAACGGAAGGAUUACGACAGAUUUCAACGCGACCACGGAUCGUUGCGAGUGCUACGCGUUGAGGGACUUCAAGAAAGGAGAACAAGUGUUCAUAAGUUACGGCCCGAGAACGAAUUCCGAUUUUUUCGUGCAUUCGGGCUUCGUCUAUAUGAAUAAUGAACAAGAUGGUUUUAAACUUCGUCUUGGCAUUAGUAAAGCGGACUCCCUUCAGAAGGAGCGAAUAGAGCUGCUGAGCAAACUAAGUUUGCCGUCAGUCGGGGAAUUUUUACUAAAGCCGGGUAUGGAACCCAUCUCCGACACGUUAUUGGCCUUCCUACGAGUGUUCAGUAUGCGAAAAGCCGAGCUCGCGCACUGGUUACGCUCGGACAAGGUCUUCGACCUGAAGCACAUGGAUUGCGCGUUGGAGACGGUCGUCGAGGAGAAUGUCAGAAAAUUUUUGCUGACCAGGCUGCAACUUUUAAUCGCCAACUAUCCGACGACAUUGAAGGAGGAUCUAGAAUUACUCGAGACCACAUUGCCGCAGAUAAAAAAAAUGGCCGUUCAAUUGAGGGUCACGGAGAAGAGGAUACUCUUGGGCGCACUAGAAUACGUGGAGCAGUGGAUAAAGGCUUGAAAUGAAAAUUGGUUACGUUUCGGCUAGGGAAUAUAUAUACUUAGUUACAUAUAGUUACGAGAUAAAAGCAUCUCGGAAGAAAUCAAUUUUAUUUUUACAAUAUUUCUGAACGACGAUUUUUCGAGUAUAAAAAGUAAAAUAUAAAAGCGGACGAAUUAUAUGUAAUAAAAAAAGCAU